AUGUCGGUCAAUCCUAUGGCCUACGAGGCGCAGUUCUUCGGGUUCACCCCCCAGACGUGCAUGCUGCGCAUCUACAUCGCCUUCCAGGACUACCUGUUCGAGGUGAUGCUGGUGGUGGAGAGCGUCAUCCUGAAGAAGCUGGCUGCCUCUCCCGCCUCCAGGAUCAGCCCCUUCCAAAUCCGGAAAAGCACCGAGCGGUUCCUGCUCUUCAUGAAGGAGCACUUCGAGAAACUCUUCAGUAAAAUGGAAGAAGUUCUUCUGCAGCUGGUGUUAAGCGUCCCGAAGAACGUGCUCCUCCCCGAGGACAAGGUCCACGAGCAGUACCCCUACAGCCAGGAGGAGUUCCGGGCGCUGCAGGACGAGAUCCAGCAGCUGCAGCGGCGGUCCAGGGCGGAGGCGGCUGCCGGGCAGGCCCUGCGGGCGGAACUGGAGGAGCAGAAGGCUGUCGGGGCUGAGCUCGAGAAGAUUUUGCAGUGGUUCGAUGGGCUUGAGACUGUCGGUCGGGAGCACGGCAUCAGCAGCUUCAAAGAGAGCUUUGCCUUCCUGACACGCAGCUCGAAGAAGCUGCAAGAUGUGCUAAAAGAUGUCGAAGAGAAAAGCAAGAGGAUAAAGAAGCACGAGCCGUCGUAA